ACAGUUAAACCAAACAUAACCUAUAGCUGUGGAUUUGAGACAACUGAACAAUGUUUUUUUUAAACAAACAACUAGUCAGGAUGAUUUUGAUUGGACUCGGGGAUCUGGUUCUACCCCUACCAGUGGCACUGGUCCCACAUCAGCAGCCGAGGGGAUAUACUACAUGUUUAUAGAGACAACCGGAAAUUUUGAUGGAUCAUGGGCUAUACUCAAUACAGAUGGUACAAACUUUGAAGCCUGUCCUUGGUGUCUCUCCUUCCAAUACCAUAUGAAUGGACCAGAUAUAGGAACUUUGAGUGUAGUUGCAAGAAAUACAACAUCUUCUCUGAGUAGCAUGUGGACAAAAACAGGACAGCAACCUAAUCCUGACUCUUGGAAAACUGCUACCAUAGACAUCCCACAAUAUAGUAAUCUUCAUAUCACCAUUAAAGCAACUCGGGAGGCCGAUGACCAGGGUGACAUUGCUAUUGAUAAUAUCAAUCUCAAAUCUGGUACAUGUACUUGUAAGUAUUAA